GCAGUGGUGGAUCGAUAGGAGGGGCAAUCUCACACCGGCCGACAGUUGUUUCCAAGAGAAGAGGAAAAAGCAACAGUAUUCACACGGAGCCCAGAGAAGACCGACCUGCGCGAUUCUGUCGCGUCGUUUUGGAAAGAGCACCAUCUAUUAUACUAAUAUAUUCUACUAUUAGAUAGAUCUGUAUUACAUACGACCGCAAGGAUACUCUGUUGCUGGGUUUUAUCGUCGCUGAGUGAAGAGAGCGCGCAGAGGCUGCGGCUGGACAGAGGCGCGGUGGAAGCUGGGAGCGCGAGCCGCUGUGGGGCUGAUGUGCGCGGCCUGUCUCUCAGCAGCGGCCCGCUAUGGCGGAGACCAAGAUCAUCUAUCACCUCGACGAGCAGGACACUCCCUACCUCAUCAAACUACCCAUUCCCGCUGAAAGCGUCACGCUCGCCGACCUCAAAAAUGUCCUCAAUAAACCCAACCACAAAUUUUUCUUCAAAUCCAUGGACGAUGAUUUCGGGGUGGUGAAGGAGGAGAUAUCUGAUGACAACGCCAAACUACCGUGUUUCAACGGACGUGUUGUGUCAUGGCUGGUGUCUGCAGACGGCUCUCAUGGCUCUGACGGCGGUUCAGUGUGUGCAGACUCUCAGGCCGAUCUGCCGCCCCCGCCGGAGAGGACAGGAGGCAUCGGAGACUCCAGACCCCCUUCCUUCCAUGCGAAUGCCGCAGGAAGUCAGGAUGACCUGGGCAAUGAUACCGAGCCUGAGGUGGGUCCAUCGCUGAGAAGAGACCGAGACCGAGACAGAGACAGAGAGAGGCCUCGUAGGAAAGAUACACAUGACCAUGGAGGCCGGAUGAACGGUCACUCGCGGCCGGAGCGCAGGCCGGAGAUCGCCGGCUAUGAGAGCUCCUCAACACUGAUGAGCAGUGAGCUGGACACCACCAGCUUCUUCGACUCAGAGGAGGAGGACUCUGCUAGCAGGUUCAGCAGCUCUACGGAGCAGAGCACAUCGUCACGUCUCAUGAGACGCCAUCGCCGCCGCAGACGGAAACCCAAAGCACCCAGAAUGGAGAGGUCCUCAUCGUUCAGCAGCAUAACUGACUCCACCAUGUCUCUGAACAUCAUAACUGUCACAUUAAACAUGGAGAAGUAUAAUUUUCUGGGCAUUAGUAUAGUCGGGCAGAGUAAUGAGAGGGGCGAUGGAGGAAUCUACAUCGGCUCCAUCAUGAAGGGUGGUGCGGUGGCUGCUGACGGACGCAUUGAGCCUGGUGACAUGCUUCUGCAGGUGAAUGAUAUCAACUUUGAGAACAUGAGUAAUGAUGACGCAGUGAGGGUGCUGCGAGAGAUCGUCCAUAAACCUGGACCCAUCACACUGACUGUGGCCAAAUGUUGGGAUCCAAACCCCCGCAGCUGUUUCACCCUCCCACGAAUUUUCCUCUCAGGUUCAGAUGUGGUGGAUUGGCUCUAUCAUCACGUUGAGGGCUUUACUGACAGACGGGAGGCACGCAAAUACGCCAGCAACCUGCUAAAAGCUGGCUACAUCCGGCACACUGUCAACAAGAUCACUUUCUCUGAACAGUGCUAUUACAUCUUUGGUGACCUGUGCGGCAAUAUGGCCAGUCUCACCUUGCAUGACCAUGACGGUUCUAGUGGGGCGUCUGACCAGGACACUCUCGCUCCGUUGCCUCACCCUGGUGUAGCUCCCUGGCUGCUCACAUUCCCUUAUCAGUACCCGAUCCCUCACCCGUACAAUCCCCACCCUGUGCACGACCCCAGCCACAGCGUCACUGCAGGGGGCGGCAGCGCUGGCAGCCCGCACAGCGAAGGCAGUCGAAGCAGUGGCUCGAAUCGAAGCGGCAGCAAAAACAACACAAAUACAGCAGCUGGAACACAAGAGUCUGGAGGCCGAUCCGGCAGCGGCAGCGAGUCCGAAAAAAAAGAAAAGGCUCCCAGUGAGCGCUCCGCUGCGGCCCCUAGCGAGCACAGCGUGCGUAGCUCACACACCAUCCGGAGCGUUCAGAGCCUGGUGUGUGGAGCGCCGGGCCUCCCUCCACAGUCACAGCCACAGACACCCUCCACAGCAGCGCCGGCCUCUCCUCCAGACCGAGACCUGGCCUCAGUGCCGCCCGAACUCACAGCCUCGCGCAAAUCUUUCCGCAUGGCCAUGGGCAACCCUAGUGAGUUCUUCGUCGACGUCAUGUGAUGAGCUUCAUGUGACCCCGAGGGUCGACCCACAUGCUCAAGGCACUGUGAAAUCAAGAAAGAAAGCUGGGGAGGAAGACGAGAAAGAGAUGCAUUGACAUUUUAGUAGCUAAGUGUCCCUCUUAAUGUCCCUCCUGUGUCCUGUGGCUUGCACUUUCUUCAGUGAAGAAGACUGGAACAGAUCACGUAUCCCAUCAUGCCCUCAGAGACCCGAGGUCUCUGAUUUAAGGAGACUCUUUGCGAUGCAGUGAUGAAGGUGAAUGCUUGCUGCUUUUUGUGUACUUUUUAUGUACUUUGCCUGCAUUUUUUUAUAUUUUGUCCUCUGACCAGUUUAUUAACUUCAAGUUAAGAUCUGUUUUUCAAUCAAAGAUGAACUCAAUUAAGCAGGAGAGAAAAGCGUGACAUGAGAAGAAAGUCAGGAUAUCUCUUACUUCUAAAUCACCUUUUGCUUUUUAAGGAUGAACAAAUAAUUUUGAAUGAUUUAAAAAAAGACAAAUGCUAUCAAAAGAUAGAACCUUUGGCAAUUCUUUUAUAUUUAUGGCUUUAAUUUUCUGCUAAGAAUUGUGGAGAGUGAGAGAGAAAAAUUAUGUUUUUAAGUUUACAGACAGGACUUUUAAAGUCCGCCUUACUCUUUGGGUUAAAAUGAAUUUAUUAAACAUGAUGCAUGAUGGGUUUUUUUCAUCUCUUUUGUUGUUUUAAUAACCUGAAUUGAUCAAUUGUGCACAUUAAGACCAGGGACAUUUAUUAAGUAAAUCAUUUGUUGAUUUAAAGAACUUACUUGGGAGAUAUUCAGUCCUGUUCUGUUAUUCUUUGUAACAGUCCACCUGUAUUACAUGUACUGAACCUGCAACAGUGAUGAAGUUCCAAAUGGAUCUUUAAUGUUUCAAUGUUAUCAGCACUCCUAAAGCAACCUGAUGAUGCACUAUUAUUAUUAUUAUUAUUAUAUGAUGAAGAGCAGCUCCUUUCACUCUCUCACUCUUCCUCAAACAACACAGUACUUAAUAUGUUAAUGUCUGUCAUCAUUAACUGUCAGCACUGUGCUUCAUUGUUUCUCUGUAAACCUUCCAUUUUUUUUUCUCAGAUGCAUUUAUCACAUUUUUAAUUAUUGGAAACAGAUAUGGUUCAAUUUAAUACUCGCUGUACACUGUUUUAUGA